AGGUCGCCGCAUAUUGGUGACAUUAUAGUUUCUCUGACUGAGCUCAGCUAACGGCUGGUGUUUGUGGUGUUGUGUUGUGUUAUCUUCUAGAAGACUGGCGUGUAGUUUUGGUCGCAAAAACUCAAACGAGGAGCUCUUGCUUGCUGGGAGUUUGGAAUUUUUGGCGGCUCUGCAGUAUAUGCCCAACUCACAAAGAAAACACUCACAAAGCAUUUAGCUUUUGCAUUUGAAUAAUUCACGUUGUUGUGUGUCUCCAAACGUGCAGUACGUGUCCGCAUGAUAGAAUUGAUGGCUAGUGGCUAGUGAGUUAGUUAGUCAGUUGAUUGGUUAGUCUUUAGGCAUGUUUGAGUUCAUCGGACGAAGUAUGAGUGCGUGUGUGUGUGUAACAGCAACAAUAACGACAACACUCGUCUGUAGAGCCAGCCGUUAAAGCAUCCUUCUAGAAGACUAAUUGCAAAAACGCGAUUUGCGCAGUUCACAACGAACAGUGUGUGCACGAGGCGGGGCGUUGUGUUGGGCGUGUGGUCGGACGUUUGUGUAAAGCAAAUAAGUUGGCUAUUGCAAACAGUGUAAUCACAUUUAAUCCGUGCAUAUCCUCUGUACUUCAACAAGUGUUAAAGUGUGCAAAUUUUUAUUGGAAUUAUAGCGCCCGCACAUACAAUAUAAAGUUUGUGUUGUCAUUUUAAAAAUAAAUAAAACUUUAUAAAGUGUGAGCUUAGAAGUCAAAAAGAUAAGAAGAAUAAGCGAGUAAAUUAUUACUGGACGAGGUAGCUGAAUUUCCCCUGGACGUCUUGAUGAAUCAUGGUCGAAGAGUUUCUGGAGAAAUUGCCCGAAAUUGAUACACGCUACGAGGAUAUCGUACCUAUGGAACAAGUUAGCUCAAUGGUUUCGAACGGUGGCGGCAGUGUUACAAUGCAACGAGACGACGAAUACCGAAAUCGUAUAAUGAAAAAUAUGACAGCAAAACAAUCGCGCGGAUUUCUUCAUUCCGAUGAAGAAAUUAGCGAUAAGGCAUCGACGUGUGGGAAAUUGCUGAUAUUCCUAUCUGUUGGACUUGUCAUACUCACAUUACCGUUCAGUUUGUUCGUGUGCUUUAAGGUUGUUCAGGAAUAUGAACGCGCUGUUAUAUUUCGUCUGGGUCGUCUUAUGCAGGGUGGUGCCAAGGGUCCAGGUAUAUUCUUCAUUUUGCCAUGCAUUGAUUCCUACGCCCGAGUGGAUCUACGCACACGCACUUAUGAUGUACCACCACAAGAGGUUCUGACAAAGGAUAGCGUCACCGUCUCGGUGGAUGCAGUGGUUUACUAUCGCGUUUCGAAUGCGACAGUUUCUAUAGCGAACGUGGAGAAUGCUCACCAUUCGACCAGACUUUUGGCACAGACUACUCUACGAAACACAAUGGGAACUCGGCAUUUGCAUGAGAUACUCAGCGAGCGAAUGACAAUUUCCGGCACAAUGCAGGUUCAACUAGAUGAAGCAACUGAUGCAUGGGGCAUUAAGGUCGAGCGAGUCGAAAUCAAGGAUGUACGCUUACCCGUACAAUUACAACGCGCUAUGGCCGCCGAAGCCGAAGCUGCGCGGGAGGCACGAGCCAAGGUAAUUGCCGCCGAAGGAGAACAGAAAGCCUCCAAGGCAUUACGCGAAGCCUCCGAAGUGAUCGGAGGCUCACCCGCCGCGCUGCAACUUCGUUACUUACAGACACUCAACACGAUAUCAGCGGAAAAGAACUCGACAAUUGUUUUCCCACUACCAAUCGAUUUGAUAACAUACUUCCUGAAGACUACCGAAGCGACGGCCCAACAAAAUGCCAUGGUGCCUGUGGGGCAGGGAACGAGUGUUCAGAAUUCACCGCAAGCGUCGACAUCACCGCAGGCUGGCGUACAGUCGGUGGCGAUGUAAAAACAAAAAUAACAACAACAAACUCAUAAUGGCGAACCACAGAAUGAGCCCUUUAUUUUAUGUAAUUUGCCAUGAGUUUAUUUGAAUUCGACAAAUUAGAAAAAAAGUUAAAAAAGGAAAUAAUUAUCAGAGGUGAGCAAACCUUUUGUUCGAGAAAUUAUGACUGCUUAGUGAGCUGUGAAUGUUUCAAUGAAAAAUAUUUUGGAAUGGAUAAGAAGAAGAGAUAAAAAGUGUGCACAAAAAUGAUAUUUCCACCAGCAAAAGUCUCAACUCUAAAGUUGAUAAAAUGGCAAAGAUUUUGGUCAAAAAAGAUGAAUAAUAUAUUUGAGAAAAAAUGCGUCAACAGACGCAGCUUGUGAUCAAAUAAAUAGUAUGAAGUAGAUAGCAGUGGUUUUGAAAUAAGUAACUGUGGGUCAAAUAGUCCAACAAAUAUGCCCACCAUACUCAAACCUCCAUUCCCAUUUAUCAACUCUGCAUCACUCAUUGUCGAAAAAUAUUGACGAAUACUUUUUGUGCGUACUUUAAGCCUACACAAAUAUACUCAUGUAUGUAUAUUUACAUAUAUAUGAAACGUAGUAGUUUAUAAGUAGUAUUAGGGCGUUGAAACAAAAACAAAUGUUGCUAAAAUGGCGUUAAGUUUGAUCGAUUAGCAUUUAGUCAAGGAAAGUUUAUGAACACUUUAAAUAAUUAUUGCGAAAAAGCACACACAAUAUUAUUAUUGUACUAAAAUUCUCAGCUUCAUUCAUUGCUGCAAUAUGACAACGGAAAAUAUAAUAUAAAGAUGAUAAGAAUUUUUUCAUAAGUUCACUACAAGAAGCACGCGUUUAGAGCAUACAAUUUUUAAAACACUUUCAAUUAAGAAAACAGUUUCAAUAUUGCUUAGAAUAAAUAUUGGUAGUUAAGCAAAUAUUUAAUGCGAAAUUAUUUCAAACAUAUAUUAGCUAUUAUAAAAUAUAUAAGCCUCGAUAUUGUUUUAAUUCCCGUUAAAGCAUUGAUAUUAAAAAUCUCGAGAAAACAAAAAUAAUUAAUAGAAUAAAAUGAAAUACAAUACAAACAAAUAAAACAAAAUAAAAUAAAAUAAAAUUAAAAAAUAUAAUAUUAUAAAAAAAUGGUAUAAAAUAAAAUAUAAUAUAAUAACUGAUAUAAUCAAAACCUACAUUAAAAUAAAAUAAAAAAUGAAAGAGAAUAAAA